AUGCCACAAGAAAGCCAAGAAGUGCCCAGGCCUGCGCCGCAGCCUGAAUCUACUGAGCCGCAGGAUGAAUCUACUGCGCCGCAGGGUAGAUCUAAGACAUUAAAAGAGGUCUUCUACAAGUACGGACGAUACUACGGAAGUGUCAAACCCGAAAAAUACAAAUUUCCCAUCGACGAGGAAGAAAUGGCUCGCUAUGACCUGUUCAACAAAAUUUUCCUCAUGGCUCGCAACGACGCUAUUUUUUCAUAUCCCAUGCAAAGUUUGAGCCCCCGAGUGAUGGAUCUCGGCGGCGGAACUGGUAUCUGGUCCAUUCUUCUGUCGGACAACUACUUGCCAAAUGCAACGAUCCAAUCCGUCGACCUCCACAGAGUCCAGCCACCCGAAAUUCCCCCCAACGUAACAAUGACCACGGCCGAUAUCGAAGAACCCUCGUGGGAGACGCUAUUCACAGACUGUGAUUUGAUACACAUGAGAUUGAUGUUAGGCGCUAUCCAUAACCCCGCAUGGCCCCAUAUCUAUCGGAAAGCAUUUGAGCACACGACCCCUGGCGGCUAUAUUGAACAGGUUGAAAUUGAUUGGCUGCCCGUAGUGGAUGGCCUCAACACCCCGGUGCACCUUUUGAAAUGGGCCACCGAUUUCCUGGACGCCAUGGACAACUUUCAACAAAGCGCGAGAGUGAACUCUGAGCGUGUGAGAGCCAUGAUGGAGGCAGCUGGCUACGUCAACUUUCAGGACCGCACUAUUCGCCUCUAUCUUAAUCCGUCGACUGCCAAUCCUGACGUAAACUAUCUCGCCCGCUGGUUCAACGCAUGCCUAGUUUCAGGGUUGCAUGCGAUGAGCCUGACACCCAUGAUUGAGGGGUUAGGCAAAACGAUUGACGAAGUCAAGGCGCUUUGCAAAAAAGCAGAAGAUGAUACCCUCGUUCUAGAGAAGCGCGUGUAUUGUGUCAUGUAA